AUUACUACAAUCAAUCAACCAUAAAUAUAAAUUAAUGAUAAAUCAAUGAGUCAUCCUUAACCUUAACUUCAAAAGUAAAUAAAACCAACAUGGCCCCAGGCGAACAGGCAACAAGGCAAACGAGAAACAACAGUGACAUUUGAUUUAUUCUUCACCCAAAAUAUUGCAGCAUUAAAUCCAUUCUCCCGAUUCAUUUAGUAGUAGAUGGCAAUAUUUUCCGUUUUUGCUUCUUUCCAGUGGUCGAGCAUCUGGUGAAUAUGGUUGAUGAUGCUAUUUCAACUGCAAAUGUUUCAAAUGGACAUAUGCAUGUCAUACAGUCAGCUGCAUCUUCUGAAUCAGAGCCUAUUCAAGAAGACAGUACAGUGAUCAGAAUUGGUGCAGAUGCACGUCAUCCAUCUAACAGGUUACAUGAACAAAGAUUAUUUGGAUUACAUAUUUCCCCAUCAGUCAUUACUACAACUAGAGCGGAAAUACAACAACCUUUACCAAGCUAUGAAGAAGCUAGUGAUCCUAAUGCUCCUCCACCGUCUUACGAUUCGCUUUUUGGGCGAGUUAAUGAAGUACGAAAGACUUCACGAGGGUUCGUUGAUUUCGUCAAAAACCUUUUUUUCUUCCUACUCGGAAAAAUUGGCCUUAUGGUAAUCAUUGGAAUCACUAUUCUAGUUCCUAUUUGUAUGCUCGUUGUCGGUUCGGUUUAUUUUUAUGAUUGUCCAGCUGAAAAUUAUAUUCCAAUCUACUUGAUAGUAGGAGGUGCUUGCGGAUUAUUGAAGCAGUUUCUGUCUCUCAGAGUUCGCUCUCAGCAAUCUCAAGAAGCCGACCUCGAAGUUCCUGAUAGCUCUUUGACAGCAUCCGUUCAGUCAUUAAUAAAUAGCUUUUUGAUUUGCUGGUUCAUUACGGGUUGCUACUGGGUGUAUCACGUGUAUGAACCAAACUAUAGUGAUCGAUCAGAUCCCAACUAUUGUAGUCGUGUUUUGUUUUCAUUUGCUUUCUGGCUCUUGACUUCGACGUACAUUUUUGCUGGCGUCGCGGUAAUACUACUCUGUUGCAUCAGCUGCACAGCCUUGUUUUUGACAAGAAAUAGAUAGUUGGUGGUUUACUCUAAGGAUGACGCACAUAAAGACAAAGUGUAAAAAGGAAAACGUGCCAAAAAAAAAACGAACCUGCGUAACGUACUAUAAUGUAACAGCAUUCUGCAUAUCAACAUUCCGUGAAAAGUACAUCGAUUACACUUGCUGUUUUGACGCUCGUGAUCAUCAAUACAUUUUCCCAUUAGGGAUUAGUUUUUUAUA